AUGAAAGACAAUGAUGUUGCUUGUAGCGAUCGUAAUCAUGACGAUGACGAAGAUGAUGAGGAAAAUGACGAAGAGGAUGAUAAAGAUGACGAAGACGAUGAUGAAGAUGACGAAUAUGAUGAUGAAGAUGACGAAAACGAUAGAGAAGAUGAUGACGAAAAUGGCGAAGAUAGUUUUGAAGAUGAUGAUGACGAAGAUGUUGAUGAUGAAAGAGAAGAAGAAGAAAAAGAAAAAGAAGAAGAAGAAGAAGCCAGCAGUAGGCACGUUAAUGAAGUUCUUCAUAGAUUAUCAGUAAUUUCAUAA